CUCGCUCCCCGUCCUUCCCUCAUCUUCAUCUUCAUCGGAUCUAGAGCCGAGCAGCAGCAGCAGCAGCAGCAGCUCAGCCCGUCAGACCAGCUGAAAAUGGCUGAGCUCCGUCCCGCCCGGAGGAGCUCCAGUCCGCCUCUCACCGGGCUCCUCUGCGUCGUGUUGCUCCUUUUCGUCUCCAUCUCCUCCGCGAGUCGUGAUGUUGUUUCAGGACACAACAAGACGUGGAGAGAUCCAGCCGGAGAGACCCGUCAGGAGGACUCCCAUCAUCAAACUAACUCCUCUGCACACAAGAAGGCUUUCCCCGUCCUCUCCUUCAACUACGACCACGUCAGGAAGCCCUUUGAGAUCUCCCUGUGGAUCCUGCUGGCCCUGCUCAUGAAACUUGGUUUCCACAUUAUUCCCAGAGUGUCACACGUCGUCCCGGAGAGCUGCCUGCUGAUCGGCGUCGGCCUGCUGGUGGGCGGCAUCAUCAAAGCCAUCGGCGAGGAAGCCCCCGUCCUCGACACCAAGCUCUUCUUCCUCUACCUGCUGCCCCCCAUCAUCCUCGAUGCCGGCUACUUCCUGCCCAUCCGCGCCUUCACGGAGAACCUGGGCACCAUCCUGGUGUUCGCCGUGGUGGGGACUCUGUGGAACGCCUUCUUCAUCGGCGGGAUGAUAUACGGCGUGUGUCGGAUCGAAGGAGCCCAGCUGGCCAGCGUGGACCUGCUGUCCUGCCUGCUGUUCGGCACCAUCGUCUCGGCCGUGGACCCCGUCGCCGUCCUCGCCGUGUUCGAGGAGAUCCACAUCAACGAGCUGCUGCACAUCCUCGUUUUCGGAGAGUCGCUGCUCAACGACGCCGUCACUGUGGUUCUGUAUCACCUGUUCGAGGAGUUCUCUCACGCAGGAACUGUCACUGUGAUCGACGGCGUCCUCGGGGUCGUCUGUUUCUUCGUGGUUUCGCUGGGAGGCGUCAUGGUGGGAGCCAUCUACGGCCUGCUGGGCGCCUUCACCUCCCGCUUCACCUCGCACACCCGAGUCAUCGAGCCGCUGUUUGUGUUCCUCUACAGCUACAUGGCCUACCUCUCCGCCGAGGUCUUCCACCUGUCCGGCAUCAUGUCGUUGAUCGCUUGUGGCGUGAUGAUGCGUCCGUACGUGGAGGCCAACAUCUCCCACAAGUCGUACACCACCAUCAAAUAUUUCCUGAAGAUGUGGAGCAGCGUGAGCGAGACGCUCAUCUUCAUCUUCCUCGGCGUCUCCACGGUGGCCGGUCCUCACGCCUGGAACUGGACCUUCGUCAUCGUCACCGUCGUCCUCUGUCUGGUGUCCAGAGUGCUCGGAGUCAUCGGCCUCACGUACAUCAUCAAUAAAUUCCGUAUUGUGAAAUUAACCAAAAAGGACCAGUUCAUCGUGGCCUACGGUGGCCUGCGAGGUGCCAUCGCCUUCUCUCUGGGGUUCCUGCUGACCAACAACGAGUUGAAGCACAUGUUCCUCACCGCCAUCAUCACCGUCAUCUUCUUCACCGUCUUUGUGCAGGGAAUGACAAUCAGGCCUUUGGUCGAACUUCUGGCCGUGAAGAAGAAGAAGGAGAGCAAAGGAUCGAUUAAUGAGGAGAUUCACACACAGUUUCUGGAUCAUCUCCUCACAGGGAUUGAAGACAUUUGUGGUCAUUAUGGACAUCAUCACUGGAAAGACAAGCUGAACCGCUUCAAUAAGGCCUACGUGAAGAAGUGGCUGAUCGCAGGCGAGCGCUCGACCGAGCCGCAGCUCAUCUCCUUCUACAACAAGAUGGAGAUGAAACAGGCGAUGAUGCUGGUGGAGAGCGGGAGCACCGCCAAGCUGCCCGCCAUGAUAUCGUCCGUCUCUAUGCAAAACAUUCAGCCGAGAGGGCCGCCCAGACGACGGGCGAUGCCGACCAUCUCAAAAAGUCGUGAGCAGGAGAUCAGAAAGAUCCUACGAGCAAACCUGCAGAAGACGAGACAGAGGCUUCGUUCGUACAGCCGACACGACCUGAUGAUCGACCCGUUUGAGGACAACGUGAGUGAAGUUCGCUUCAGGAAGCAGCGUGUGGAGAUGGAGAGGAGGAUGAGUCACUACCUCACAGUCCCUGCAAACCGCCAGGAGACUCCGCCAGUGAGAAAAGUCUGCUUCGAACCAGAACAUCAAGUUUACACGUAUGAUGACAGCGACAGCUCCAGAGGCCACGCGGCUCAGCCAGACCCGAGUCCUCCCGACGACGUCAGCCUGGUGAACGAAUCAUCCCAGAGGCCCAGAGAGCAGAGAGCCGAAGAGCCGGACGAGCAGCAGAAACUGUCCCGCUGCCUCAGUGACCCCGGGCCAAACAAGGACGAGGAUCUGUCGUGAUGAAGCACAUGAAUUCUCCUCUUCAUGAUCUCCUCGUGUCAUCUGUUGCUUUCAGCGAGUCGCUGAGUGAACGGGAGUCGUAGCAAAGCUUUACAUUGAUGAAGUAUUCUUCUUUUCCAUUUUCUGUUUUUUGUGAUAUGAGAUUAUGCAAUUUUUUCUUUUUUUUCAGAAGUUCGUGAGGAUUUUUAUCAUGUAACAUGCUGCCAAAGCAUGCACCACUGCACAUUUGCUAUUUCAGGGUUUUCAUUACAGCCUGAAGUGAGCCGAGUGUCAGCAUUUUGUGUCUUAACAAGCAGCAGCAAAUCAUGCAAAAAAAAAAAGAUGGAGCACUUGUUUUAACAAACUUGAAGCACCAGACGGGUGGAGUUUACCCCUCAAGCACAGUAUUAAGACUCUAGAAAGCAGAGAGCGACUGAUUAAUCGUCUCAGCUGACGUUAUAAAAGAUGUAAUUAAUGCAGGUUUAUCAGUGUUGGAAUACACACCAAAAUUUAAAUGUAGCACUUAUAUUUUUUGCUCCAAUUUUUCACAGGUUUAAAGGAAUAGUUCAGGAUUUUUGCAGUGCGACUUUGAAAUACGUAAGCAGUGUAUUACAUACAGUAGCUGGUGGUUGGUGCACUCCCUGUUUGCAGAAACAGACCGGAAAAAAAGCAAAUAUUUUUACAUAUACACACACAUCGAGAAAUUAGACACUGCAGUCAGCAACACGCUCCGUCUGUGGCAUUUUGUUGUUUGAUCAAACAGCACAUUUUCGAGUGUCGUUUCAUUCUGACCAUCCAAAGACACAUAUAUUAAAUUAGGAUGAUUUUUAAUCAGCGUCCUAAUAUACCACACCUGUCAGGUGGGUGGUUUAGUAUCUUGGAAAAGUGCUCACUAACGUGGAAUUAAAAACAUUUUUGACCAAAAUUAGUGAGAAAUAUAUCUAUUGAGUGUAUAAAAAGUCUUAGAUGUUUAACUUAAACCUGUGGGAAAAAAAUAGAAGCAAAAACAAAGAUGUUUAAAUUUAGAUUUUUAAGAUUAGAUCAACUAACGGGCAACAAGAAAUUGCUGCACAGAAUACCAAAGAAAUAUUUUGGGUGAUUUAGGAACAGCGUCCCCAGCCUCGGAUCCCAUCAGCUAUCAGUCGAUGAUGAUAAGCUUUUGGGGACGUCGGCAUGGUGCUCAAGUGUGUUUGUGUUCAGGCCAUUUGGCUAAAAGGGAGAGCGGUGAGGGAGCAGCAUAUUUUUAAAAAAGUGCAUAACUUCUGAUGGACUCACACUUGAUUUUGUGGAAAUAUUGAUCAUGAGCCAAAGAACAGCUGAUUCACUGCUCGUGCCAUUUGGCAAAAAGGGACAAUGUGUGCAUGUGUGUAUGUGGUCGCAGCUAUUGCGAAUUUGCGCCUCUUUAACUGUUAAAUGUCCCAAUUUGUGCACAUCUGGGUCAAAAUUCUAAAAAAAAAAAAAAUAAAAAAUGAAGAAAUUUCAGCAGAUGAUACCUUUUUCAAGAAUAUUCCUCUUUUCAUCCUUAUAAUUAUUAUAACUCACAAAUAUCUCUAUCUGCCUGAAAAAUCCUUAUUUAUCAGGCUAUAGUUAAGUAUAAAAACUGCAAGAGGGCGAACUUUAAGGUUCCAGGUGAAGAAGAAAGCACAAAUCUGGUGAUGCAAGAUGAAAUAAACGCAUCAAAUGUAGUUUGUCGGAGGUCUGUGAAGAAGCUUGUAUUUAACCUCUGCGUGACAGAUCAGUGUUUUCUCAGGGACUGAAUCACGGCACAGUGUUAACGGAGGGGGAAGAAAUGAAUGUGCUCCGCUCGUCUCUGUUCAUAAUGUGACUGUUUUGUCAGCGUCGGUGUUUUUGACCGCUUCAGUAACAUUCCAGCAGUAAUCGACUUUUUUGUAACAAAGCUAAACAUGUCGAUGUUCCUGAUAACUGAGCAUGCUCAGAGGAACACUUCACCCCCCAAAAUCAGCAUCUCUAUAUCAGUGACUCACCAAAUGUUAGGUUGAGUUUGUGAAGAUUUUAUUUUAUUUUAUUUUUUUUGCAUGUCUCCACGGUGAACAAAAAACCCCAAAACUGAAAAAAAAUUAUAUCAGAACUACGGAUAUAUUCGGAUAUAAAACAACUCACUGGCCGAUAAUUGAUUUUUUCCCAUCAAGUUUUAGUGAUCGUCAAGUCUCUUCUGUAGUGGAAAUAAUAUUUUAUGCG